AUGCCUUACCGCGGCCAGGUGGAGCCGGUCCAUGGGAGCGAGCGGCCAGCGCCAGGGCCCGACGCCGCUGCGCUGCCCAGCUCCGGUGCCAGCCUGGGCAGACCCCGAGCCAGGAUGUCCUCCUUGGCUGCAUACGACAAAGAGGUCAGCAGCGGGAGCUACAACCUCUCCAGUGCAACAACAGGAAGUUACUACAGCUGUGUCAGCCAGAUCACCAUAGGUUAUGAUGUUGCUGGGCCAGUGGCUAUUGGGUUGUCCCACUGGAAGAACCCAUAUGCUCAAGGUGGACCUCCACUGUCAUCCGAUCUGCCACUCUUCAUCUCCAAAGAUGCAGGCAUUCCUGUGUAUCACCAAUCUUUCACUCGAAAGACUGACAUAGCGACCCCUUUGUCUUGCCCAGCUUCACUGUCCAUCACUCCAGUGCCUUCUUACAGCAGCAGCAGCCAAGAGACUCUUAGUCAAGAUACAACAGGUUUAAGUUUAUCUCUUCAUGGGGCUGAAAAGCAUUUGCAAAUCCAUCAAAGGCGAAGUGUGGCCAGCCGUCCAGCCUCCCAUCGACCACUUGUGGUUAGGCAUUCUUCACUCCCACCUGUCCGAAGGUCAAUAAAAAUGGAGGCAUCCUCAUCUGGAGUCGCUAAUGGGAGAACCAAAAUUCUCCAUCCAGAAGGCCGGGUGGAUUUGCAAGGUUACCCACUGGAUAUGCCAAUGCAGACUGACGGCCCAAAGAGUGACGUGGACUUUUCAGAAAUUCUUAAUGCAAUACAAGAAAUGGCCAAGGAUGUCAACAUUUUUUUUGAUGAAUUAGAAGCUGUCAAUAGUCCUUGCAAAGAUGAUGAUUCCCUCCUUCACCCUGGUAACUUGACCAGUACUUCAGAUGAUGCAAGUAGAUUGGAAGCAGUGGGAGAGGUAGCAUCAGAAAAAAACAGAUCCAAUGGACUUUAUUUUAGAGAUGGAAAAUGUCGAAUUGACUACAUCCUUGUGUAUAGGAAAACCAACCCACAGACUGAAAAGAGGGAGGUAUUUGAAAGAAAUAUCAGAGCAGAAGGCUUGCAAAUGGAGAAGGAGUCCUCUGUCAUAAAUAGUGACAUUAUCUUCGUGAAGUUGCAUGCCCCCUGGGAGGUGCUAGGCAGAUACGCAGAAGUCAUGAAUGUCAGAAUGCCUUUCAGGAGAAAAAUCUAUUACCUGCCCCGCCGGUACAAGUUCAUGAGCAGGAUCGAUAAACAAAUAAGCAGGUUUCGAGGAUGGUUACCUAGAAAGCCUAUGAGACUGGACAAGGAGACACUGCCAGACCUGGAGGAAAAUGACUGCUACACUGCCCCUUUCAGUCAGCAAAGGAUCCAUCACUUCAUCAUUCACAACAAAGACACUUUCUUCAACAACGCCACCAGAAGUAGGAUCGUGCAUCACAUUUUACAAAGAAUUAAAUACGAAGAAGGAAAAAACAAAAUUGGUCUGAAUCGAUUGCUUACUAAUGGCUCCUAUGAAGCUGCAUUCCCACUUCAUGAGGGAAGUUACAGAAGUAAAAAUUCUAUUAGAACUCAUGGAGCAGAAAACCACAGGCACCUGCUAUAUGAGUGCUGGGCCUCCUGGGGCGUGUGGUAUAAAUACCAGCCCUUGGAUCUCAUACGGCGGUAUUUUGGUGAGAAGAUCGGUCUCUACUUUGCCUGGUUGGGCUGGUACACAGGAAUGCUCUUCCCAGCUGCCUUCAUUGGACUCUUUGUCUUUUUGUAUGGAGUUACCACUCUGGACCACUGCCAAGUCAGUAAAGAAGUCUGCCAAGCUACCGAUAUCAUCAUGUGUCCCGUGUGUGAUAAAUAUUGUCCUUUCAUGAGGCUGUCAGACAGCUGUGUUUAUGCCAAGGUAACCCAUCUUUUUGACAACGGAGCUACCGUCUUUUUUGCUGUUUUCAUGGCAGUCUGGGCAACCGUUUUCCUGGAGUUUUGGAAGAGAAGGAGAGCAGUAAUUGCUUAUGACUGGGAUUUGAUCGACUGGGAAGAAGAGGAGGAAGAAAUACGGCCCCAGUUCGAAGCCAAAUACUCCAAGAAAGAGCGGAUGAACCCCAUUUCGGGAAAACCAGAACCUUAUCAAGCCUUUACAGAUAAAUGCAGCAGACUUGUUGUUUCUGCAUCUGGAAUAUUUUUUAUGAUCUGUGUGGUGAUCGCCGCUGUGUUUGGAAUCGUCAUUUACCGUGUUGUGACCGUCAGUACUUUUGCUGCCUUCAAGUGGGCUUUAAUCAGGAAUAACUCUCAGGUUGCAACCACAGGGACAGCAGUGUGCAUCAACUUUUGUAUCAUCAUGCUGCUGAACGUGCUGUAUGAAAAAGUUGCGCUUCUUCUGACAAAUUUAGAGCAGCCUCGCACCGAGUCUGAGUGGGAGAACAGCUUCACUUUGAAAAUGUUUCUUUUUCAGUUUGUCAAUCUGAACAGCUCUACCUUUUACAUCGCAUUUUUCCUUGGCAGGUUUACAGGACACCCAGGUGCCUAUCUGAGGCUGAUAAACAGGUGGAGACUAGAAGAGUGCCACCCUAGCGGAUGCCUUAUUGAUCUCUGUAUGCAAAUGGGAAUCAUCAUGGUGCUAAAGCAGACAUGGAACAAUUUCAUGGAGCUUGGCUACCCGUUAAUUCAGAACUGGUGGACGAGGAGAAAAGUCCGUCAAGAGCAAGGCACACAGAGAAAAACCAGUUUCCCACAAUGGGAAAGGGACUAUAACCUGCAGCCCAUGAAUGCUUAUGGGCUCUUUGAUGAAUACCUAGAAAUGAUUCUUCAGUUUGGCUUCACCACUAUCUUUGUCGCAGCCUUCCCCUUGGCACCACUCCUGGCCUUACUGAACAACAUUAUUGAAAUCCGACUGGAUGCAUACAAAUUUGUGACACAGUGGAGGCGACCUUUAGCUUCGAGAGCCAAAGACAUAGGUGAGACAGCAGAAAUUUGUGUGAAUGUCCCAAGUUGUGGCAUUGUCCAAUGGUCCUCAAUCACCCUGGAUCUUCCACCAGCCAGAGGCAGCUCGGCUGCCACAGGCUUCCCCCAUGACCUCAGAAAAGACCUUGUUCCUAGGGAUGCUCUGUUGAAUGGACAGCGCACAUUUGUGCUUGGGCCACUCUGGUUUCAAGGACUUAGGGGCCCAACAACCACGUUUCUGUGCCUCCCCUCGUCCACCUACUACACGCUAAGCACUGGGGAUGGAAAAAGAAGAUGCAUGGUUGGAUAUGUUAAUGCCAGCCUAUCUGUGUUUCUCAUUUCUGACUUUGAAAACCGAUCUGAGCCUACAUCAGAUGGAAGUGAAUUCUCUGGAACACCACUAAAAUACUGCAGAUACCGAGAUUAUCGAGACCCUCCUCACUCGCUGGUCCCCUAUGGCUACACACUGCAGUUCUGGCAUGUUCUGGCCGCACGUCUGGCUUUCAUUAUAGUCUUUGAGCAUCUUGUAUUCUGCAUUAAGCAUCUGAUCUCCUACCUAAUCCCGGACCUUCCAAAAGACUUAAGAGAUCGAAUGAGGAGAGAAAAGUACCUAAUUCAGGAGAUGAUGUAUGAGGCUGAGCUGGAGCGACUGCAGAAGGAACGCAAGGAGAGGAAGAAGAAUGGGAAAGCUCACCAUAACGAGUGGCCUUGACUGGGUAACUAACUGUUCAUUUGAAUGCAAAGGAUCAGUCUUCUGUUUACUUAUUCCAACUGUGGAAGAGCUCUACUUUAAGAGAAUAAAACAAAUGCAACUUCAGUGCAUGUCACAGACAUUUUCAGUAGCAAGUUGGUUGGCACGUUGCAGAGGAUUUACUGUGAAAUCAUUUUGCGAUCCAGCAUAUGACUGCUAUCC